AUGGCUGGCAAAAAGAGAGGCAAGAAAACGACCGCCAGCCGUGGGCCGACAGCUCUCGCUAAGGCUCGGGGAAGUGGCUUCGAGGAAUACUUCGCUGAUCCUCCCAUGACCCCUGAUGAGGCCAAGGAAGAGAAGGAAGAAAUCUAUGACCCAGACCUCCCAUUUGCAGAGCGCAUGCAGUCUUGCAUCCAACGGUUCCGCUCCAGACGUCGUCUUCAGGCCGAUCGCGGCCUUUACUUCAACGACUAUCUCUUCCUCGGUGGCGUCGACUGCACGCCUGGUGCUUUCGGUGGUCUUAGCCAGCAAGAGUUGAAAGAUCUCACUCCCGCUCAGCGUCGCGAGGCUACUGCUACAGAUGUCAUCUGGGCCAACGACUCUGCCGGCGCCAAGUUUUACAAUGGUGACGAAAGCGACUGGUCGGUUGACUUUACAGGUGUUGCUGCUGGUUUCUUCUCAGGCUCUCUCGUCCGUCUGUCAUCAUUUGAGCAUAAAAGGAUGCUGGAGGGCAUCACCACCGUCGAAAACUUCUUGCGAUAUGUCCUCCAGCACGACGUCUGUCCUGAGUAUGAAGACGAUAUGAAGUCUGCCCUGGAAGUCUGCGAGACUGCGACUGUUGAGUGGCCAAUAAUUCGAAAGCUCUACAGUUUGCUGCCUGGGUACUUCAACCUCGCCGCCGCUGAACUCUUUUGUCCUGAGAACACAACAAAGGACUCAUGGUCGUUCCAGCAAUUCACGCGACCUGGGAAUUUUGAUGCCACGUCCGUCUUCUUCACGGCUUUUGCUCUCAUGGAUGAGCCACAGCUGUUCGAAAACUUGACCACCAAGGAGCCCAGCAUCACUCGGGAAUUCGCAUGCACGCUGGAACUCGUUCAGAUCUUCCGCCCCGACGACGAUAUCAUCAAGCGAGUUAAGUCUCUCGUCAUCGGCGAUAAGGCAGCGCAUCAAGUCCCUGUUGGCAAAGCCAUAUUCAAGCAGGGCGUCAUCGAGGACGAUUGGGAAAAUCCCAUUGUUGAUUGGCCUAUUAAUGAGGAACUCAUGACACUCUUCUUUGAUGACGCUCUUUUGGAGAACAUGAUGCCAGGAAUGAAACUCACUGCCACCAUUUGCGAAUUAGACGCGGGUCUACGAUUCGUCAAGGCGGUUGAGAUCAUUGUCCCGUCGUUCUAUGUCUAUCUCCCUCAAGAGAUGAUGCGGUCCUACAAAGAGCCAAAGGAGACGGAUCGCCCCGCUCCAUCUGUGAAUGAUGCUCAAACAGAGACCGCUGAGCAGGAAGAAUAA